CAUUCAAAGAAGAACUUCAAAAAUGCAAUCAGGAAAGAACGCAAUGGAAUCCAUGAAGGAAUCGGCUGCCAAUGUCGCAGCCUCGGCGAAGGCUGGCAUGGAUAAGACCAAAGCCACCGUGCAAGAGAAGAUGGAGAAAGUGACGGCGCGUGACCCUUUAGCCAAAGAGAUCGCAGAAGAGAAGAAACAGGCGAAAAUUCAUGAGGCGGAGCUCCACAAACAGGAGGCGCGUGAACACAACGCCGCCAUGAAACAGGCUACAACUGCGACGGCCACUCACGGGAUGCACCCGACAACUCAUGGGACAGCGACGUACUCAACCACCGGAGCUCAGGGCUACACCACCGGGACCCAGCAGAUGUCAGCCGUGCCUGGACACGGAACUGGGCAACCGACCGGCCAAGUAACGGAGGGUGUGGUGGGGACACAUCCGAUCGGACACCAGACUGGCACUGGGAGGACAACGACAGCCCACAACCCCAAUGUCGGCGGCGGCGGCGAUGCAACUCGUUACAGCACCGGCGGCGGGUAUAGUUAAGAUGGGAAGUUUGUUGGGUUUGGUACAAUAAUAAGUGGGCUUCGUGUUGUUUUAAGGUUGAAGUCCAACGAGUUUGUGUUUGGUUUUAGGGUUGUUAUGUUAUGUAUGGUUGUUUAUGGUUUGGAUUGUUUUGUUUGUAAUUUGUAUGGUUUUAUGGUGUCCACUCUUUAAGUGAUUUGUAGAGUGAUGAAUAAACUUAGUAUGUAUGCAAUUAGGGUAUGGUUUGGAUGCUUGGUUCA